GCAUCCUGGGGAAUUCUCAGCUUAGCUGUGCAGCUAGACAUUGGAACACUGAUGACUGUGCAAGGUCCUUAGACACUCUGAUUUCUGCCUCCCACCCUCACCGGAGCUGGGCAGGAAGUUGAAGACAGAACUUCCUGGGGAGGGACUCUGGAAAAAGAAAGUAAAGGCGCCAAAAAUGCCUGGGGACUCGGAGAUGAAAGACGGACCUGAACGUGAGCAGAGAUGCAGAGCUGGCCACACAUGGAAGGUAAUGCCAGGACUAAUCGGGAUGAACUAGAAAGUUGGUUGGGAAUCUGCCCAGCUAUAGGCUUAAGCUUUAAAAUACCUAAAAGCCUCUGUGUCAUCAUUUUUACUGCUUCUGGGUCAGAAAGUCCUGCUAUACAACUGAAAUCACACCAAGAGCCUCUUUAGAAGAAACUGACCAGUGCGGGAGAAACAAUAUCCUCAGAUCAUGGAGAGCAAGAGAAGGAAACACAGAAAAUAACCAUGAGGCCUGAGCGAUGUUUAGAAUGUAUGUGAGCUUUGACACAUGCUUCCUGCAACUGCUCCUGAAGCACUUAGUCACUCUCCCUGAAUGCUAUCUGGAAAGGACAAGGCGACCAGCAUGUGGUUUUAGUUUCUGCCACAAUGCUCACAUGAGUCCCUUCUGUAUCGCCAGGCUGACCCUCCCUUCCUCCACAUCCAGGCUAACUUUAAAAUCCAACCUGAAGGUUUUAAAAAUCCAAUUAUAAGUUAGCCUAUAUAUGAAAUGGGGGGGUGGGGGGAUGGGGAGGAAGGAAACUUCAUAUUAAAAGUCCUGUAUAAAAUGCACUCUUUAGUGCAUUGAGUUUGGUCAAGAGUUUUCGUGGCUGCCCCCAAGUGGUUCUCCUUGGUAAGUAAAGAUGCCCACAGUCAAUGGCUGGGCAGAGCAGAGAGAGGGGGGACUUUUAGGAUUUUCCUGCCAAGAAGAAAGAGGGAAGGAGCAGAGUUCAGCCAUGCCAGAAGAGGUGGAGGAGAUCUGCCAUGCCAGAAGAGGUGGAGGACAGGAACCAUGCCAGAAGAGGUGGAGGAGAGGAGCCACGAUGCCUGAUCAGAAUCUGAAGUUAGAAAGAGUUGAGAAGGUAUUUGAAGAAAAGAUGGAUGGAAACACCCCACAGUUGGUGGAAGAUGUGAAUCCGCAGACAUCCACAGAACCCUCUGUUCAACUCAAGUGCCCAGGAAAUACUCUUCAGGAUGGACAGCAUGACAAGCCAGGAAGUCUGAGAUGGUUGUGUUCUAUGAAAGGAUUUCAUCUGGGAAACAGAGGCAGUGAUUGGAAAACAAACAUCAUUGUUGAUCAGGAGACAGACUAUGCUGAACUGGUUCUGUUUAUUGGAGAAAUCACACUUGGAGAGAAAAAUAGGAAUUCAAUGAAAGAUAUUCAACUGAGAAGAAAAGAAGCCAAAAGUAUAUUACAGGCUGUGUGCACCCUGCUGANUUCUGGAGGGGGCGUGGUCAAGGCUCACAUUAAAAAUCAAAACUACAGCUUCACCAGAGAUGGAAUGGGAUUGGAUUUGGUAAAUUCCUUACCCGGUAUCGUGCACCUUCCUCAUGACUAUCUAGACUUCAUGCAGUACAAAGACUACUUUUUCGUUUUUGUGAAACCAUGGAAGCCAAAUCAGAAAGGUUCGGGGAUCACCACCUUGAAAACUAACUUGUACAAGAGAAUCAUCUCAUUCUCAGUUGAACUGAAAGCAGCGGAUGCAGUGCAGUUCUUCAAAUCCAGACCAAGUUAGAAUGGAAAAACAGUCUGUAAUAAAACACUAAAUGAAUGUCUUACCUUGUUUAACAGAGACUGGCUUGCCUAUGGGGAGACAUUCUGUUUCACGAAAUCCACACAUGCUGAGGUAAAAUUGACUCCUAAGGGAAAGAUUUUUCCUAAGAAAAAGAUUUUAGAGCUCCUCCCUCAAACUGUUUCUGCAUUUGCAAACACUGAAGGGGGAUAUUUGUUCAUUGGCUUGGAUGGCAAAAACCAGAAAAUUAUUGGUUUUGAUGCAGAGAAGAGUGAUCUCAUGCUUCUAGAGAGUGAAAUAGAAAAGUGCAUCCAAGGGCUGCCUGUCACUCACUUCUGUGGGGAGAAGGAGAAGAUAAAAUACACAUGCAAGUUCAUCGAAGUGCACAAAUCCGGAGCGUGUGCAUAUGUGUGUGUGCUCAGAGUGGAGAGAUUCUGCUGUGCAGUGUUCGCUGCAGAGCCCCAGUCCUGGCACAUGGAAGGCGGCUGUGUGAAGAGGUUUACCACAGAGGAAUGGGUGAAUCGCCAUAUGGAUGCCACAGCAGAGAUGCCUGGAAAGGUGAUACACUCUCCAGAAGCCCUCUGCAUGAAACCAUUCUCACUACAUGAAGGCUAUGAGCAGUUAGUCAGGACAGAGUUGGGCUCACUUAGAGGAAAAUUGGUUGUCUCUAAGAGCUGGGCUAUGGAUCUGGGCUUAAAAGAGAAGCAGGAAGUCAUCUGGGAUGCACUUCAUAUUUCCCAGGGCAGUCUCCUGACCCUACAUGGCUUUGUCCAGGGAGAUGAGGACCUGGAAGACAACAGCAUCCUUCUGGAACUAGGCGCUGAGUUAAAGGGCUAUUAUAAACGAACUGCCCUAACACUAAAGCAUACGCUUGUAAAGCAUAGUGAUUACACUGCGAAAAUAGGUGUUAUAGUCAAGAUAAUGUACUUGGGUCAUAAGACAGUGUGUCUUUAUGAUUCAAGCUCAAAAAUAUGUUACCCCCAAAAAUAUUAUCUGACAAUCAAGACAGUAAGGGACUUAGAGAAGGCUUUCCUGAAGUCCUGUGUAAUGUGUGUAGCCUAA